AUGUCUGCCAACCUCAAGUACCUCUCCCUGGGGAUCCUGGUCUUCCAGACCACCAGCCUGGUCCUCACGAUGCGCUACUCCAGGACGCUGAAGGAGGAGGGGCCCCGCUACCUGUCCUCCACGGCCGUGGUCCUGGCUGAGGUCCUGAAGAUCAUGGCCUGCGUCUUACUGGUCUACAGAGACAGCCAGUGCAGCCUGAGGGCGCUGAACCGAGUCCUGCGUGACGAGAUCCUGAACAAGCCCAUGGAGACCAUCAAGCUGGCUGUCCCCUCCGGGAUCUACACGCUGCAGAACAACCUGCUCUACGUGGCGCUGUCCAACCUCGACGCGGCCACCUACCAGGUCACGUAUCAGCUGAAAAUUCUCACCACGGCGCUGUUCUCUGUGUCCAUGCUGAGCAAAAAGCUGGGUGUGUACCAGUGGCUCUCGCUGGUGAUCCUGAUGACCGGAGUGGCUUUUGUACAGUGGCCCUCGGACGCCCAGGAGCCGGACGCGAAGGCGCUGUCGGCCGGCUCGCAGUUCGUGGGCCUCAUGGCCGUGCUCACGGCCUGCUUCUCCAGCGGCUUCGCCGGCGUGUACUUCGAGAAGAUCCUGAAGGAGACCAAGCAGUCGGUGUGGAUCAGGAACAUCCAGCUGGGUUUCUUCGGCAGCGUCUUCGGACUGAUGGGCGUGUACGUGUACGACGGGGAGCUGGUGUCGCAGAACGGGUUCUUCCAGGGCUACAACCGGCUCACCUGGGCCGUGGUUGCUCUGCAGGCACUCGGAGGCCUUGUCAUAGCGGCUGUUAUAAAGUAUGCAGACAAUAUUCUAAAAGGAUUUGCAACUUCCCUCUCCAUAAUAUUGUCCACAUUGAUAUCCUACUUUUGGCUACAGGAUUUUGUACCAACCAGUGUCUUCUUCCUGGGAGCCAUCCUCGUAAUCGCAGCCACUUUCCUGUACGGCUAUGACCCCAAGCCUGCGGGCAAUGCCACCCGAGCAUAG